GGGGAGCAGCCAAUCCCAUCCCUCAGUCCCCAGGGGACACAGGAGGAUGUGUGGGAGCUGAGGGUUUGGGGUUCAGCCUGCUGUCCGUGGCUCUGCUCACGACUCCCCCAGAUGCCCGGCAAGGUGACCACUGGCAGCGACAUCGGGCAGGCCCGCUGGGCCGUGGAGCAGCUGCAGAUGGAGGUGGGCAUCAACCGUGUAAAGGUAUCCAAGGCGGCCGCUGACCUGCUGCAGUUCUGCACGGAGCAGGCCGAGAGUAACCCCUUCCUCAUGGGCAUCCCAGCUGCCACCAACCCCUUCAAGGAGAAGAAGCCCUGCACCAUCCUAUGA